AUGAAGGACGCCGGCGUCUCCUCCCGGGAGGUUCAGCUCCGCCGCUCCUACAACAACAUCCCCCGGGCCAGGAUGCGCACGCUCAAGAUGUCCAUCGUCAUCGUCCUCACCUUCAUCGUCUGCUGGACGCCCUACUACCUCCUGGGCCUCUGGUACUGGUUCUCCCCGGAGAUGUUGACACGGGAGAAGGUGCCGCCGUCUCUCAGCCACAUCCUCUUCCUCUUCGGCCUCUUCAACACGUGCCUGGAUCCGCUCAUCUACGGGCUCUUCACGGUGCAUUUCCGCAGGGAGAUGUGGCGCGCUUGUCGCUGCGGCCGGCGCCGGCACCAGCAGGAGGUCGCCUCCGCCCUCACCGGUUCCUUCCGCGUCUCCACCGCGGCCGUGCCGGCCAGGAGAACCGGCAACAGCUCGGAGGGAUCCGGAAAACACGAGCUGGAGGUGAUGGCGGGCGCAGCUCCGCCGGGACGGAGGUGCGAGCUGUGCCGGAGGAGGACGGUGGAGAGCUUCAUGUGA